CGGAGUGGGAGCCGGAGCCGGAGCCCGAGCGGCCGCGGCCCCUUUAAGGAGCCGCUCUGCGGUAACCCGAGCCCGCAGUCCGGGCGGGCGCGGCGGCCGCGGCGGUAGCUGUAGUCUCUGUGACUGCUUCUCCGAGCGGCCCGGGGCCCCGCGGCUCCCCUGGCUCCCGCCGAGCAUCUCGCGGGGCGACUCUGGCCGGCGCCAGCCCUUGGGCCGGGCCAGAUGACCAGGUUUCUGUAACCGCCCGCCGCCCUCCCCGGCCCCGUGCAGCCGCCGCCCGCGCGCGAGUCGCCCCGGGACCCGGCACAGAACAUUGGUCUGUUCAAGGAGAAGGCAAUCCUUUGGAUACAUGAGAAGGAGCUUGUGAAUCAUUGUAAAAGGCCAAGGUUGAAGAAAUAUGGACACCAACACCAAACUGGUCUUCAACAGUGUUAUUACCAGUUUUUUCACCUUUCAGCUUCUUUUCUACUUUAUAAGUUUCUGGUUUUCAGCAAAAGUUUCUCCAGGUUUUAAUAGUCUCAGCUAUGAGAAGAAGAUUGAAUGGAACUCAAGGGUAGGAUCUACAUGCCAUUCUUUGGUGGUUGGGCUUUUCGGCCUAUACAUUUUGUUUUUUGAUGAGGUUGCAAAGGCUGAUCCACUCUGGGGUGAUUCAUCGCUUGUGAAAGUGAAUAUCUCUAUUGCUACAGGCUACCUCAUUUCUGAUUUGUUGAUUCUCAUUUUGUAUUGGAAAGUGAUUGGUGACAAAUAUUUUAUAAUUCACCAUUGUGCAGCGCUGUAUGCAUACUACUUUGUACUGAGGGAUGGAGUCCUGGCAUACAUUGGGAAUUUUCGCCUGCUUGCAGAACUUUCCAGCCCUUUUGUGAAUCAGCGGUGGUUCUUUGAAGCUCUGAAGUAUCCUAAGUUUUCCAAGGCUAACGUCAUCAAUGGAAUACUCAUGACAGUGGUGUUCUUCAUCGUACGGAUUGUCCCAAUACCUCCUUUUUAUAGUUACAUAUAUUCCUUGUUAGGAACAGAAGCCUACAUAAGGCUUGGAUUUUUAAUCCAAUGUUCCUGGAUCUCUACUUGUGUUGUUUUGGAUGUGAUGAAUGUCAUGUGGAUGAUCAAAAUUACAAAGGGUUGCAUCAAAGUCAUCUCUCUCAUCAGACAAGAGAAAGCCAAAAGUAGUCUGCAGAAUGGAAAACUUGACUAAAAGUGGGCUACUGAUAAGCAAACUUCCUUACUACCCACAUUAUAUCUACUGAUAGGAUGAAUUCUUGGCAUGUUCUAGUACUUCUUAUUAAUUAUAUUUGUUAACGAGGGUUUCAGUGCUCUUUUUUUAAUCUUUAGAAAAGAGAAACUAAAACUUAGUUUUUAUUCCAAGAUUUCUUUUCUGAUUUUCUUCUGCAUUGUAAGCAUGGAUAAAAUCUUAAAGAUUUAAAUAAAAAAUUAUACAUAUAAUGGUGAAUCUUUUCAGAAAUCUGUUAACCUGCAUUGGUAUUUUUCUCUGUGAAAAGACAACUGUGCUUAUUGGGUGCACUUGGUUUUAUGUCAUCAAUUUUGCUGAAAGAUGGGAACUGCUUUUAUAUGUGUAAAUAGCUCUCAACCUUUUGUUGUACUGCACUCAUUUCCCACUGUGGCUGUCAAUACCCAUUUAGAGCUUAAUUUCUAAAUUGUUGAAAUGUUUUCUUCGGCUGUUAGAAAUGAUAUAUUUUUUGUUUAGAUAUGCUGUCGUUUAUGAGUGAUGAAAUAUUUUGCUUACUUUGGGAAUAUUAGUUCAAUCAUGGAAAUACUUCUUUAAUUUUUAAAUAUUUCAGAUGUCACUUUAUUAUUUCUAUUUUUAACAUUUUAUCAAAAUACUGCUUUUUAAAUUUGUAGUAAGUAUUAAGACAGAUCUUAACAGAGCUCCUUAAGGGACAAAUUCCUCUUUCUAAAAAUGCAUGUUAUGUAUGACUAUUUAGGCUAAUAGGAGGAAUCAUUAAGAAAAAAGCUUUAACACUGCUGUCUCUGUUUCCCUUGCACUUUUUCUGUGAAAAAUAUAUUAUUUCUACUUGUAAAACCUUCCCUAAGUUCAGAACCCAACAUCAUCAGUACCAAAGUGUUAUCCAAUGUAUAUUUGUCAUGCUCCUAACAUGACAUAGGCCUCUUCUUAAGGAGACAAAAACUCCAAAAAGUCAGUAUUCACAUUUUUACUCACAGUUUACAUCCAUGCUUGCUUAACCAACAUUUUGAGUGCUUUGAAUUUCUGUCUUUCCUAAAGGACAGGAAAAAAAUAGAUAAUUUAAUCCAACUAUUCUGAUCAUUAAUAUCCUUGUCUCAUGUGAUGAUCAAUGGCUGGUGACUCUGGUUUUUUGGUUUUGGGGUUUUUUUUGUGUGUGUGUGUUUGUAAGUAUAUGUUUGCUUUUUCUUUGAUUCUUACAACCCAAAUAUAGAAUCAUAUAUUAGCUAUUACUGCCUUUAUUUAUUUUUCUCAAGUACUUGAUUUUAAUGAUUGUUCUUACCUAAGAAAGAAAGAAAUUUAACCAGUGAUGGCUGCCUGAGUUUAAUUGAACCCAAACCAAAAGAUCUAAUCCACUCAGUUUCUCAGCUGACAGGAGAAUGAUUCACUUUCACUGUCCAUGUUAUGAUGGUGAAGGGAGGCUGGCUGAAUAGAUCAGACUUUGAUUUGAUUUGGCUGUCUAAUGCAGAGAGAGCCUGAUAAGUUUUAGAACAUUUAAAGAAGGUAAUUGAAAUCUCAGUCAAUAACUCAGUGAGAAAAUCAGACUGAUUGGUUUAUAGUAGGUACACUUAUUUUUGAAAGACUUAAUUAAAGUAAUGUAAAGUAUAGGUAUUUGUUUUUAAAGCUACUAAUAUUACAUUGAUAAUUUGUUACCAAAUUUAGUACCUUUGACAUCAUAGGCACUUAAGUGCAUAUUGGUUGUUUAGGGGGGUAGGAAAGCACAUGGUUUUAUCUUGCUCUUUUCUUGCUCUUUUGCAAGAAAACUGGAUUUUUAAAAGGAAAACAUUUAUAUUAGAAAACUAUUUUGGAAAUUCCUUUAAAAAGAAACAAAACUUGAAAUAAAUAUUUUUGACUCUUGGGAUAUUUCUAUAGUUUCUGAACACAGAUUUUAAACCCACCAUCAAAAUGAAGACAAUAUAAAGCAAUAUAUUGCAAUGUAUCGUAAUAUAAAGCUCACUCAUCAGUGAGUUUCCAUAUAGCAGUUUCAGUUUUUAUAGUUGCUAUUUCAUGCUUAAAACUUUAUUUUUACUUUCACUGAUAGCACUUUUCAUUAGUAUAGUUGCUCACAAAACAAGUGUUUAAAAUAUCAGUGUUUUGAACUAAAGUUCAUUAUCCCCUUAGUCAGCAAUUCUUAUUUUAUGCUGACUGCAUCACAGCUAAUUCAACGUCCACAUUCAAUAUCCAAAAGUAGAAGCUACAUAUUUCCUUGUACAACACGCAUGAAAUGGAAAAGACACUAUCAACUGCCAUACUACUUUAAGUCAUAUAUUUAUAGGAGCUAUACUUCACUGUUCUGUGAUUGUAUCCACCUACCUAAGAUACAAGGAGUUAAAGACAGAACAUGUCAUUUAUUAAACGAUGAAUUUUUCAUUUAUUAAAUGACAAACUUUUGCUAGACAUUUUACAUAUCAAGUAUUUUGACUACACAGAUUAAUUUAAAUGAUUCUAUUAGGCAUUCUGAAUUUAACAACUAUUAAAAUAUUUGUAGCAAAUAAAAGCAAAUUGGUAUAAAUUUUUAAGCAGCUCUAUUUUUAUAGAAAAAGAUUAGUGACAACCUAUAACUAUAAAGAUGUUCUUUGAAUGUGUAGUAGGCUAAAAAAUAACAAUUCUUACAAAAUUUUGAAAGUGAAUGAAAAUCAACUAAAUAGCAUGCAAGAUCAUGGAUUCUGCAUCUGAUAUUUUGUUUGGGAAAAUUUAAAAAUUAUGAGCUUGAAUUUGUAGAAUUUGCAUUCUUGUCUCUGAAAUCCUUCUAGUGAGUAUUGUUUGCAUUUAUUUAAAAUUCAAAAUGAAGUCAUAUAUGAGUGCAAAAAAAUUAACUCCUGCGUAAGUUGUGUCUUGAUACCUUACAGUAGGUUAAGACGCAAUUUUUAUUCCAGCUGUUUAGUUUUGUUGUUUCAUGGUUAGUGCUAUGUUUAGAGAAAUAAUAAUGUCUUCACCAUUCCCGAGGGUGACUGAUAUACCGUGGAUGUCCCAGUACGAUUGUAAAGGUCUGGUUUUAAAAACUGCCUCAUUUAUAGGUGUUUGAAUCAAAUUCUUUUCUAAGUUUUAAUCUGUUUGACUCAACUUUUUGUGGAGGUGUGAGUUUUUAGAUUGUACACUUUCUGUGAGGUGCGUUGGGUGUUUGGAGAACAGUUCUUCAUGGACGUGAAGGGCCAGUUUUAUGGUUGGUUACACCAUUUGUCAUCAUGCAUUAGAAACAGUCUUGUUGUGGAGAUAUCAAGGGGAAAGCGUUGUCAUACUCAUAUUUGUUCUCUUUCAUUUUUAAGGGAAAUAAACAUGUCCGGAAAGGCACUAUUAAAAUAAAUGUUUGAAUAAAUUUCACUUUCUAGGUUACUCUUAACUUCAAUAUGGAAAUAAACAUACAAAUUGGCUUUCAGUGGUUGAGUCUGUCACUUGAAAAUUGAGAAAUCCAUGUCAUUGUUGGCCUCAUCAGUUAUACUUCAUGGAGCACUAUGUGUUUGUGUGUCUUGGGUUCCAGAAGAAGCAAACUCCUACAAUUUUGUCAGAAAUGUGGCACAGUGUUUCCCCCUAGGUACUAUCCAGCACAGCAGCGAGACCCCUCCUGUGUCUAGAAACCUUGGGCACACACACAAACCACCCAGCCUUAACCACAGCUUGGUUGACCACAGGCACACUAAAGCUCCUGCAAGGGAUUUUUCACAAGAAGUACAUGGGGGUCUGUGUGAGAACAGUGAGAAGCCAGCAGCACCUGGAGUUGGAGACGCCACGACUGAUUUUCCCUUAAAAGGCAUGAUGCCCCCCACUCACCUACAAGUUUUUCUCUGAAUCCUUCCAGCCCUUCUAACUUGUCCUCCUAACACCCUUAAGAUUUUACCAGCACCUCCAUCCCUUGUGUCAGCACCUUUCAAGAUCUUCUUUUGAGGCUUCCCCAUACCCAUAAGCUUUCUGGUCCAUUGUGGCAAACUUCAGAGUUUUCAAGUAUGUUUUUCCAUUGGUGGGGGGGGGGGAGCACUGCAGUAAGUUUAAGUAGAGUUCAGCAAACCAUAAUUGCUAAGAGGCUAUCGGAAGCUAUUUAGUAUUUAAUAAUACUUGUUAUGAGAUGAAACAAGGCUAAUAAGGGUCUGGUUUUAUUGAGAAACAUCUGUAGUCUUUUUCUUAAACUGGCUUAGCAGUAAGAGCUGUAUAUGUGUUUCACUGAGGGAUUCAUUGUAGGCCUGUAAAUUAUCUAAAUGUUCUUUCUUAGUCCCCUUGGCAGCAGAACAAAUGGACGUAGCUCUGUUACGAGGCUGUUAGGAGGAGGGGCUGCUGGUCUGUGGCAGCAUUCCUGAGUCCUGCUCUUUAAUUGAGCUGGUUUAGUUAUGGUCAUGUUUCUUUUAACUUAUCAGCAAGUGGAUUACUCAGCAUGUUUUACGAAUGUAAUACCCAAGGACUUGAGCCCUAUUCCUUUCUAGCCCAGACCUCAAACUGCCCCUACCAGCCUUGGUAGUAAGUUGUACCUUUAUUUGAAGAUAUUUUGGAUAGCAAUGGAGAACUGAAGGCUAGCUGCUAAAGAUUGGUUUGUUUGCAUUGAAAAUGUUUACACUGGCUCCCUUGUUGGUUAUACCAUAAACCAUUUGUUUGCACUGAAAAUGUCUACAGCAAACUAGACAGUUUCGGUAUCAGGCCCUAUAUUUAAGACCAAAAACAAUGAGAAGUAUUUCUAAAUCUUAAAGAUAUAAUACCUCUGGCUGAAAACUCGUUAAUCAUCAUCUGUAUAUUUUUUUUCUUUCUGUCUUUACAUAACUCUGUAAUUAAGUAUGCAUUAGAUAUUUGCUACUUCUCGAUUAAUGAAGCCUAAAAUAUGCUAUAUAUUUUUCUGUUUCUUGCUUGGUUUGCUUCGAUUAUAAUUAUGUCUGCUUUUUACUUAAGGAAUUUUUGCAUAGAUAAUACUCUUGUUACUAACUUGUAACUAGGAUGCGUUAUAAGGUUUUUUUUGGUAAUUAUUAGAAUUUGUAAUAACUUUUAGACAUAGAUUUCAUUUGAAAAAGCCGCUUGAAAAUUGCAGCAAAUAUGAUAGCUCUAGUGAUAUACACAUUUUUUUUUCUGGGAAUAUACAACCUUACUAUUUAAUUGUUAUAAAGAUUUUGGAAGUCUUUCAAAAUACAUUUAACAUUUUGAGAACACAUCUCCUAAUUUAUUUCUGUAAGGCUGAAUGAAGAACUUUGUCUUAUUUAUAAAAUGUGGGACUUGGUAAUUUAUAAAUCAGUGUUAUUCAGAUUUAUCAGCAAUUAAAAUAGCAAUUUAGUAU